AAAAGAAAAAAAAUAACAAUAAUGACCAUCCAGUGAUAAAGGUUUUUUUUGUAUCAUAAUAAUUGAAAUUCGAUCGACAAAAAAAAAUGUUGAAUUGCCAAAUAGAACAAAAUCCGAUGACCAAUAUGAUGAUGGUCAAACCAUGUUCAUCAUGGAAAUCAAAAUUUCUGUUCAUUUUUUUAUCACUGAUGUUUUUAAUGUCAUUCUCAAAUUCUGCACUAACGGUUGUGAAUAUUUCGACAAAUAAUCAUUCGAACGAACAAAUUGUAACAUCCACCUCUGUCUAUUCAAUAGUUCCAAUAACAACAGUAGUCAACAUUAGCGAAAUUUCAUCUUCAUCAAAACGUCAUCGUAGAUAUCUUCAUCAUCAAUUAAAAGAUUCCACAUUUUCUUCUUCCAAUUAUUUUGACAGUUUGCCAUCAUUGACAUCACCAUUAGAUUUUCAUUGGACAAAUCAUCUUUAUUAUAAUAAUGAUGAUGAUUAUGAUUAUGAAACAAAUAAUAAUGAUGGUCCAGAAUUUUCUGGUCCAAUUUUCAUUGUUGAACCAAAUAUUGCAUCCAGUUCAGAGCGAUAUUAUGAUAACCAAACAUUACGUUUAACAUUAACAUGUAAAGCUCAAGGAUAUCCAAUACCAAAGAUAUAUUGGCGAAUUGAUAAUAUGACCAUAAUGAAUCAUCAUAUGAAUCAACAGGAUAUGAAUACAGCAAUGAUGAUGGAAAGUGAAACUGAAUAUAGUUGGGAUACACCACAAUAUUGGCCACAUUUGAAUGCAAUGAUUACAUUAAGAAAUGAUGGACAAACAUUGAUAAUUGGUGGAACACCAAUGAAUAAUGGUAAUGGUAAUAUCAAUCAACAUCAUCAUCAACAUCUAUAUCAAACGGGAAGUAAUUAUAUUCAUCAUUCUUCAUUACAACAACCGUAUAUGACCAUAUCACAUCAAGUUGAGUGCCUUGCCAUUAAUCGUUUUGGUUCAAUCAUCUCGAAACCAAUCAUCGUUUCACAACGCCAACAAGUUACCACUAACGGAUUGAAUCGAAGCUCAUCAUCACAAUCGUCAUUGGCAAAUUCUUUUCUCAAACCUAUUGGACAACAUUUAGGACCGAAUAACGGAAAAUCAUUCAAUCAUAAUAAGAAUAAUAUAGCUUCUGGUCAUGAAAUGAAUUUAGCAUCAAAUCAAGAAAAUUUUAUAACAUCAUCAUCCACAAUAACAAGUCAAACAGAAUUGUUGAAUACAAUCGACCAGAUACAAUUAUAUGACGAAUUUGUAUCUCGAGGCAAUGUAGCAGUGUUGAAGUGCCUUGUUGUUGUCAAUACAGUCAAUGGUGUUAGUCAUUUGAUGAUGAUGCCAGGUAAUAGUAAUAAUGGUGGCAGUAAUACUCCUGUUACAUCAUCAUCCGGAACAUCAUCUUCAUCAUCAUCAUCUUCGACAUCCGGUUCAACAUCAUCAUCAUCCUUUUAUUAUCAUCCUAAUCAUCCAAAUUCAUACCAAUAUUCUCAAUUAUUAUUGAAUGUCAUAUUUGAAUGGCGUAUUAAAAAUGGUCCAGCCGCAAGUCCAUUACCACCAAUCGAUCCAAUCAUAAUGAUUCGUUCGAAUCAAACACAAGGCAAAUAUACGGCAUAUCCAAGUGGUGAGCUUCAUGUACGCGAUGUUGAUGAACAUGAUUCAAGACGAACAUAUCAAUGUGCCGUCUAUCAUGCCCAAAAUCAACCGAAAAAAUCUCAGCAACGAUUUACCGAUAUACAUGUUCACCAUCAUUCGAAUCAAUUCAUUCAACAACAACAGCAGCAACAUCAACAACCAAGUAGUCAACAACAGACAUCACAACAAAUGCCAAUAAAUCUGCAACGACCAUUGGCUGAAAGUACAUUUGCACAAAUAAUACUUUCAGGUGGCGAGAAGGACAUAUUUCCGCCAAGAAUUGUUCAUCGAUUAGACGAACUUGAUGCGGAUGACGGGCAAUUGGAACCACUGUUGAUACCAUGCGCUGCACAUUCACAACCAUUAUCGUCAUAUAAAUGGUAUUGGAUUCCAUUUGGAGUACAUUUCGAUUGGGAAACGGAAAUUGCCACAUUGUUAUUGUCUCAACAACAACAACAAAAAUCUUCAUCAACUACAUCAUCGAUCAAUUCAUUCGCCAUGCCUAUCCCUGUGCAACAAUCUAAUGAUCAAUCCUCUUCAAAAUCAUCUAACACUAUUGGUGGCCAAAAUGUCGAUCCAAAUAGCAAAGAAUAUCGUCGUCAACAAUUAAUGUUGAGCCGUCUACGAUCAAUGGAUAGUACAUUAUUGAUUCCUGGACCCAUCACUCAUUCCAACGCUGGCCAUUAUAUUGCCAUUGUGGCCAACACAGUCGGCUAUGAUCGAUGUAUCACUACAGUCAAUGUACGUUCGCCGCUAACAUUAAAAAUAGAUUCAGUGCCAAUUCAAGCCGUUUCAACAAAGAAAUUGUUCAUGGUGCCAACUCAUAAUGCACGCCAACAACACCAGUUUCAUCAGGAAUCAAAACAACAAAAAAUAAUUCGUGGAGUUCGUGGUGAAAUUAUUCGAAUACGAUGUACAGUGCAUGGAUUUCCAUUAUCCGACGUUUAUUGGCUUCACAAUACGCAAAUGAUUCUGGUCAAUUCCGGACAAAAUGUAAGAAACGGAAAUGAACAAAAACAAGAACAAAAUCUACAACCAGCAGUAAAUUAUCAUUAUCAUUAUGGUGUUGUUGAUUUGGAUUCAUUAUCAUCAUCUGGUUACUAUCCAGGAUCAGGAAAUUCUCGUAUCAAAAUGAAUACUGCCCAAUAUUUACAAUUAUAUGGUACAGACAUUAAUAAAGAUCAGACGAAUAGCAAUAAUCGUCGUGAUAUAUCCGCUAUACAACAUUUAGAUCUAGUACUAGAUGAUCGUAGCAAAUCUGGAAUGUAUCAAUGUUUUGCACGUAAUCGUUUUGAAACUGUUCAAGCUACUAUACAAAUUCAAGUUAUGGAUCAACCGCCAUCUAUUGUCGAACAUUUUAACGAGUUAACAGUUCAAUCGGGCGAAAGUUUUACAUUGCGUUGUGUUUCCCGUGGGUCACCAUUAGCACAAAUAGAAUGGACAUUAGAUCGAAUGCCUAUGCCAACAUCGAAUAGAUUUCGUUUGGGUGAUUUCGUUAUGAAAGAUAAUUAUAGCCAUCAUGGAUCAUCAACUUUUGAUUCUUUGUUGGUCAGUCAUUUGAAUGUAACCGGCAGUCGGGUUGAAGAUGGUGGUGUUUAUCGAUGUACUGCAAAAAAUUUAGCUGGUUCAACAUAUUAUGAAGCACGAAUAAAUGUUUUGGGCAAAGGAGCAGUCAAAGUUCAUACACCUAAUUUGACUGUCCUGUCUGGAACUGAUAUAAAUCUGAAUUGUCCUUUCUAUGGAUAUCCAAUUAAGACGAUAAGUUGGUUUGGCAAAGAUGGAUCACAGCGAAAAUUGCCAACAAAUGGGCGUCAACACAUAUCACCUAAUGGAACAUUACAUAUCAGCAAAAUAAACAAAAAAGAAGACGAAGGAGCAUAUGAAUGCGAAGUGGAAUUCUCUAGCAACCCGGGCUCUACUUCACAAACCAAACUUCAUUUAAACGUCAUCACUGGUCCUCGAAUUGAUAAUUUUACGUUUGCACCCAACCUUGAGGAAGGAAUGCGUAGCGUUGUCGUAUGUGCUGUGAUAUCGGGUGAUCCACCAAUUCUCAUUCAUUGGCUCAAAGAUGGUAAACCAUUAACUAGUAGUGGUGAUCGUAAAAUCGAAAUGGUGAAUGAAUUUACAUCAAGUAUCACAUUCACUGCAUUGAAACGUCGUCACGUUGGAAGAUAUACGUGUAUCGCAUCCAAUAUGGCUACCAGCGAUCGUCAUCAUGCGGAUCUACGCGUAAAUGUGGCACCAGUAUGGCUUUUUGAACCCGAAGACAUUAUAGCUAUUUCAGGUCAGAUGUUAGUGAUCGACUGUCAAGCUGAAGGUAUUCCAGAACCACAGGUUCGUUGGAAAGUUGAAGGCAACGAUUUGCUUGUCAACAAUAAUAAUGCGAAAAAGCUGCCAACUAAAUCGAUAUCUGAGAGUUCCAAUUCAAACUCUGAUUCGAAUUCUUUCCAUGCUGUGAUCAGCAAUCCUCAUAUGCAAAUUCUAGAGAAUGGAUCAUUGAUUAUCAAAGAAGUAAAUCGUGAUGAUCAUAGACGAUACAUGUGUAGCGCAUUCAAUGGUGUUGGUAGCGGUAUAAGUACUAUUAUAAAACUCUCUGUCCAUUUUCCACCACAAUUUGUACAUGGUUUUUGGGAAAGUAAACAAGCAAAACUUGGUGAAAUUGUUACAUUGACUUGUUUGGUCAAACUUGAAUAUAUCGACAAUGUUCAAGCAUUAAAAUUUUCUAAUCUUUCAGAAACUAAUAUUGACGAGCUUUUGAAUAUCCGUUGGUUUAAAGAUACUAGUUCUACACCGGUGAUGAAUUCAUCACAUUCGAAGCUUUCAGUGACCGACUUAUCAUAUGAUCGAUAUCAUAUUACUCAAACAUUUGAAGUGAAUCAAGAUGGAUUAACAGGAUCAACUCUUAACCUUACCAAACAAGCUGAUACAUUUUCAAUAAAUCAAUCCAAUCAAAAACAGACAAAUCCAAAUGUCAGAUAUUAUGCUACAAAGUUAACCAUACGUCAUACUGAUCGUAGUGACACAGGUGUUUAUCUUUGUACAGCACAGAAUCUUUAUGGUGCUAUACGAAAAAAUUUUACGGUAACCGUUUUGGAACAACCUGAUAGACCUGAAGAUAUUCGGGCUGAUGAAGUCGCUAGUCAAUCGAUCAAGCUUACUUGGCCAUUGCCAUUUGAUGGCAAUUCUCCCAUAAACGAAUAUGUCAUUUCUUACCGAACAAUUAUUGGUUCCAUAUCGAACACAGUUACUUUGGCUCCAUAUGCUGCAUACCUGUCGUCUUCUAUGGCGGCGACAACCACUGAUCCGCACAAAAAAUUCAUCUCAUUUCAAUUAAGUGAUCUGACUCCAGCCACCGCAUAUAUAAUACAGAUUAAAGCUAAAAAUUCUAUUGGUUCCAGUCCAUUCAGUGAUAGUAUAACAGUAAAAACAACCGAAGAACCUCCAAAUGAUGUCCCGACCGACAUAACAAUAUUACCUCUCAAUACUCGAAGCUUAAAAAUUUCAUGGCGACCACCACGAAAACCUCAGACCAGUUCGAGCAAUCAUAAAUCUCAAAACAACGUAUAUAUUCCACCGAUUACAGGCUACUACAUUGGAUAUCGACCACAUCUUGAUAUUAUGGAUAAUAAUCACCAGAAUCCAUUGAAUGAAUUUGUAUUUAAAACAAUCAAAUCUGGCAUUGAUCUUUCAUCGAGUGAUACUCACGAAAGUUUCAUUCUCAACAAUCUCAAACGAGCUACACGUUACGAUAUAAAAAUUCAAGCUUUCAAUUUGGCCGGCGCAGGUCCUUCUAGUUCAGAGUAUCAAGGAAAAACACUGGAAUACGAUGUGCCAUCAGCUCCCAGAAUUCGUGCAUUAAAAUCGAAUUUGAGCUCAAUCGAAUUGAUGUGGUCGGUUCAAGGAGAGGAACCAAUUCAUGGGUUUGUUAUAUCAUAUAAACCGGCAACUCAAACUGAGUUGAAAUUAAGCGUGGCGAACGUAGCCGAAAAAAUCAGCUCCACAGUUGAUGAUCACAUAAACGAUUGGAAAACGAUCAAAAUCGAAUUGGAACUUUUAAAUGAUGCUAAUUUAAUUGAUACCAAUGUGUUUACACAUUCCGAGUCAGCUCCAGUAAUAUCCACUUUUCAGCGAAGGACUUACGUUUUAGGUUCACUUCGUUGCGGCACCAAAUAUUUCAUCUAUGUAAACGCAUAUAAUGGCGCUGGUCAAGGUGAUCCCAGCGAAGUAAUACUUGCACGAACUGAGGGAAAUGUCCCUGUACCACCAGAAUCUGUACAAGAUUUUGUUAAACCAAAUAUUUCGAAUGCUCGAAUCAAUUUAAAUCAAUGGAAACGUCUCGGCUGUCCGAUCGAAAAAUUUGAAUUAGAUUUUCGAGUGUUCGGAAAUUUAGCCACAAAUCGGAAGCUGACUUUAACUCCAUCAACUUUAAUGGAUCAGCAAUCAAACUUGAUAGAAGUCGAAUCCGAUACUCAUACUAACCUAACUGCCCAAUUAGUCAUAGAGCUUACAAAUUUGCUGCCUGGGUCAUGGUACGAACUAUUAAUACAAGCAUUUACUGAAGCUGGAACUGUAAACCGGGAAUACAUUUUUUCAACUCAAAAAUCAGAUGGCUCAACGAUUGCGCCAUUAACUCUGAAGGCAAUCGAAGAAUUUCAUGAUCGAACCAAUGGCCAACAACAAGGACGACAAAGUUCUUCAUCUACACGUUCACAAAUAUUGACAAAUUCCUUUCGAUCAUCAAUGUUUGCUCAACUUCAUUACAUCGUUCCAGUAUCAUGUACAUUGGUCAUAUUGUUUCUUGUGUUUGUUGUCGUCUGUGCCAUUCAAACAAAUCGACAAAAUUUCUUGAUGUUUUCACUGGUAGCUAAUACUCGACAGCGACAUCAUAAAGUUGCUUCUGGUUCGAAAUUAUCCAGUCAAUAUUCGACAGGUGAUGAAGGUGCUGGCCAACUUGGAAACUGUUUGGAAUCAAAUGAUGGUAGCAUUGUAGCGGAAACCGGAGAACAUAUUUAUGGUUCCAAUCCUGUUAGUAUGGCUAAUGGUAAUGCAUCCAAAAUGCAAUGUUCUGCAUCGAUCGAUGAAUUGUUAGAUGGUUCAGGCAAAUCAACAUCUAAAUAUAGUUUACACAACGAUUCAUGUCAUUCGUUGGUAAUCGGUGAUCCAGGAUUAAAUAAAUGUGAUCAUAAACAACAAAAAGUUCCUGAUGUCAAACAGCAACAUUCACAAUAUCCAUUGUAUUCUCUUCCAGUAGCGUAUGCAACUUCUUCGGUUCAAUUUCAAAAUGCGACAAAUUGUAAUGUAUCUGUUGGACCCAAUACAACUGUAUCAGCUACGACUUCAAAUAGCGCGGUACGUUUGAUCGGUAGUAGAAAAUCGCAAGAUGAUCCUCUCUAUGGUACAUUGAGCCAUCACCAACAGCAUCAGACGACUUUUACAGCUCCAAAAAAUCAGUUCACGGAAAUGUAUUGCGACGGACCUCAACAACAGGCACCUCUUCCAUCGUCUAUUUUAGCCACUAAAUUUCCAUUUACAUUGACAGAAUCUGUAGAACAACAUCGUCACCAUCAUCAUCAGCCUUUAUGGCCGAAUACUUCCGUUGCUACUGAUUGUAUCAAUCAGUCGAUACCAACAACAUCUAAAUUACCACAGACAUCGACGAAAUCUGUUCAUCCUUAUGAACUGCCAUUUGUAUUCAAAUCAACGCCAUCAAACGGUUCACUAGGUAAUCACAACAAUGAAUCCACUGCUUUUUGAUUAAAUAUCGCCAUAAUUAAAUUAAUUGUUUUCUUAAACCUUGUGAUAUUUAAAUAAAAUUCAAAUGUAAAAUAAAUUGUUUUUAAUUCUUGAA